AUAAACUGUCAAAUGUGUGAUAGUUGAGUUUUGGGCUGGGAAACCUAAUGGACUAAGGGGGAACGAAAUUAUGAUGAGGGAUCAUCAUAUUUUCGUCCAAGGGCCUCAUUCCAGAAGGUUCCUUGGGCUGCUUGGUGGCUAAGCUAUCCAUUAGGGUUUAGACUGAAACCCUAGCACCCUACAGUAUAAAUAGAUGCCCUAUGCUUCAAUUUUAGGCCACUUGAUUCCAAGGGAAACCCUAGGGCCGAAAUUAGCAUCCUUCCCCUCUCUCUCUCUUAAUUGCCUUCUUGCUUCAAGGUGUUUGUGAGCCAUUAGAGGCACUACAAUUGCGGUGCUUGCUUUCAAGAGUUCAAGAGAUCAAGGAAACUAGUUGUUAUUGCAAUAUAACAACAAAGAUGUCAAACGCGAACGCAAACAACAACACUUCUGGGUCAUUCUCGUUGAUGAACCUGUGUCAAAAAGUGACAUUUGAUGGCUCGAACUUCAAGGAGUGGAUGAGAUACAUUCGCAUGAUAACUCGUUAUGAGGACAAAGAAUAUGUCCUAGACGAGAAGCUUGAAAGGAUCAACCCAGAAGAAGCUACUCCUGAAGAGAUGGCCGCCUUUGAGGCCCACGAGCGUGAUGCAACGAAAGUUCAUUGCAUCAUGUUGGCCACCAUGAACCUCGAACUCCAAAAGUCCUAUGAGGACAUGUAUCCAUAUGAGAUGCAUCAAGAUUUGCUGGACAGGUACCACCAGAGCGCGAGGCAAGAGCGCUAUGAGAUCAUCACCAACAUGAUCACCGCUAAGAUGGGGAGUGGAGAAUCCCUAACUGCUCAUUUGCAAAGAAUGCAAAGAUAUGUUGAUCAUCUUCUCAAACUUAAUGUUAAGUUUGAUGAGGAUUUGGCUAUCGACAUCAUCCUCCACUCCUUGCCUUCCUGCUACAGCCAGUUCAGAAUGACCUACCACAUGAAUAAGGAAGAGGUCACCCUAAGUAAGCUUCAAGGGCUCCUGAGGACAGCUGAGAGCAACCUCAAGGACAAAUCUGUUGCAUCAUCCUCUACUGUAGCUGCUCCUGUGUUGGCAAUUGGCCAAGGAAAGGGAAAGAAGAGGAAGGCUCCUUACAAGAGCCACCAUAAGGGUAAGACCCAAGAUGGUUCUUCUUCUAGUGGGACCAAAGCAGGUUCUGUUAAGCCCUCUUCUGACCCCAAGGAAGCAGAGUGCUUCUAUUGCCACCAGAAGGGCCACUGGAAACGAAGCUGCCCUAAAUAUCUGCAAGAUAUUAAGGAUGGGAAGAUAAAACCCACCUUCGCAGGGCCUAAAAAGAAGUAGGGAAGUGGAGCAUGGAAGGAUAAGCUUGAUCAUGGGAAACAAGAAGUCUUCACCAGUAACCAAGAUCGGAGUUUAUUCCUUAGUGUUGAGUAAUGGGUUAGGGCUAGAUUUAAAUAAUUGUUGCUAUUCGCCAGAUAUGGCAAGAAACAUCAUUUCUUUUCAUGGUUUGUUUAGACAAGGUUUCAGAUAUUCAUCUGAUAAUAGUAAUGG